AUGGUAAACUUAAACAAUAGCAGCAACAACAACAGCGGCACCAGCAACAGGGACAGGAGCAGAAGUGCUAAACGAGAAACGAAGCGAACGGAACAAGGGAAAGUCUCCUGUUCGGUUCGCCACCACGACGACGAUGACAUCGAUGAAGAGCGAAACGAUCGUGAAAAUCGGAAGAAAAGUCAACUGCCGAAAUCGUCUAAAGUCACGAUCGUUCGAAAAGAUCCUUGGAACGUGCAGUCGUCGUUGAGGAAGUAUCGAAGAUCAAAGAUCACCAGCGAGCGGAAGAUUUUGAGAGAAGAUUUUUCCAAGGUCAGCGGAAUCGUUUCGAUCGCUUCGAAAGAAGAUCUCGCAAGAGUUGGAGACAUCGAGGCCGACGUUGCUUCCAGCAGCCGAACACAAUCUGGUACCCAACCAGCAAAAUGGGGAAGCAAACGGAGAAAAGCUAAAGAUACAGAAUCGAUCGACAGCCGCGGCUUUCCUUUCUAAAAAUCUUAAUAACAAUCGGAACGAUCGCGGGAACCGCGAUUUCUUUCUGAUAACUGUGAGAAUCUGUUUAGGAUGAUGCAGGGAAAGAAAAAUAAUUAAGGAGACGAGAAAGUGAGAGAGAAAGGAGAGAGCAACAAGGGAAGAACGAGUCGCUACUCGAUCCAGAAGGAGGCUCUUUUUAACGAGCAACGAUCGCGAUGCAAACCGGAAGACGAGGGAGCACGAGAGAAGAGAACCGACGAAGAGGUGGCAUCUAAACCAAGGGAAAGAGAGGUACAUAAUCGCGACGGGAAUUUCGUCGUUCUCGAUAAUGGCGUGUACGCGUUCAAGUGUGCAUUCGCAGGCGUGCAAGUCGCGCAAGGUUCGCGGCCAAAUCGGGAUCGUUACAAGAUCUCAAUGUCCGCGCCUGAAAAAAAGCUUAGUUCCUUCGUUCGUACGUUAUCGCGCGUAUAGAAUCUUUAAAAAACGACUCGAUUUAAGCGUCACACGCGACAUUAUUUUUCGUUUCAUUAAAGAAAUCGAUCGUGCCGCGAGCGGAUUCUUGAAUCAUACCGAUCUUUCGAAUUUUUCUCGCGGUUCGCUUUCGUUCGAAUUCUCCACGUCGAGCUUUUCACUCGUUACGCAAACGAUAACCAUGGUGAAUGUGUGUUUUUGAAACAUUAGGACCGGCUGAGAGAAAGAAAAAACAGGCGUCGACUAAACGAGGCGUAACUCGGCUCCAAUUCAAGGGAGCUGUUCCCGUAAGAGCUUCUCGCACACGGACAACCGGAAACGCUCGUUUUCGUCGUUAACGUUCGGAUCGUUUGCUGCCUUCAAAAGGGAAUACGCGUGCGUGCGCGCGAAAAAGAAAUGAAAAUAAAGUAAAAUAAAUCUGCAAGCAGAUAGAGAAACAGGGGUCACAAUAUAUAACAUAUACAUAUAUUAUAUUAUACACAUAUAGGUGAGAGCUGAUGAAAGGAACGGCGCCUAAGGAGAGACUUAUUUUAAUCGCGCAUCGUUCGAGCGAGAGAUAUUAGCUGUACUUACACACGUACAUAUUUAUUUUCAAACUUUUGUUACGUCGUCUCGCGAUUCUUCCAGGCGAUUGGAAGAUCUACGCGAGCAGCAAUUACCGUGUCGAGACGAUACUCGUGUACUCUUAUUAUUGGAAAACUUUCGAUGCAUCUCCAAUCGGUUCGAUUCGAUUCGAUUUGUUUUCGUUCGCUCGAUUCGGUUUCCGAUUCGGUUCGCAGUUGAUGAUAUAAGGCGAAACACGUUCACGGUAUCGUUUCGACGCGAUCGUAUUCGCACACGACACUCUAGGCUAGAGGUGACGAUAUUAAACCGCGAAAGAGAUAUUUUCUUAAAAAACGAUCCUCGCAGUGUGUGUAUCGAGAUGUGUGUGUAUCGUAUACCGCUUAUUUCCUCUGUCCCGCGCCCGAGGUACUCGAUUUUGCUGUUUUGAUUAGUCGUUACGAAGCGUUUGUUAAAUUCUUGCAUAGUAUAAACGCAUUACUUCCGUCGGAAAUUAAGCGAUCUGUUAUCCGUUCUACGUCGAACAAUUCUUCUAACCGAAUUGAUCAAAAUCCCGGGAAAUCGAAGAUGAAGAAGGAGAAAAGUGUCCUCGAAAUUCGGACGCAGAACGACGUCUUUCGAAGGCAUCGAAUGAAAAAUCACAGAGAUACCUUACGUGUAAUUUCAAGAAAAAAAAAAAUAUACAUAUAUAUAUUAAAUUCGUUUCUAACGCGCGAUGAAAAUAAUCAUAGACCAAAGAAUAAGAGUGGUUGCCUUUCCCGCGCAACUAUGUCUUAUCGAUUACGCUUCUAUUCUUUUCCAUCGAGCAGUCGAAGGUACGAUGUAAUAUUGUUUGUUUUCCGUUAAUUGCAACGUAGCUACAAACGUCAGCAAGAUUAUCGACUCAUUUUCGAUUCGACAGUAUUAAGUAUGUCACGCGUAAGAUAAAAAGUUUUACGUCGAAAGCAUAGUGAUACACCGACGACAUCUUCUGCGUCCACCAUUUGCCCGUAUUUUUCGUUGUCAGACAAAAGAAGAAGAAACAAGAGAAAGAAAGAAAAAAAAAAAGAUACGAAGUAAUAUUACGCGUUUCCUCCUUAUCGUUUUUUGCAAAAUUACGAAGUGGGAGCAAUUAAACGAUACCGCGUGUAACUCUGUGAUACCGUAAGCUAUAAGGUAGAAUUAUUUUGCAACGAUCGUAUAAAGCGAAAAAUGAAAAUAAAAAAGAGGAAAAAUUGUUGUUGAGGAGAUGUUUAUUGUUACGACGAAAAUUCGUACGAACGCUUCGAUUCUCCGUCAAUCAACGCGCGUUUUUUGACAGCGGAAGCGAGAAGUUCCUUCUUCGUUCAGCGAAAUAAAAUGCAUCGAAACGGCUCAAAUUGCAUUUUAUUCGAAUUCUCUGUAAAAAUACAGACGAACAAAGGGAAUUUGACAAAAUAUAUAUAUAUUUCCUGAAGCUUAAGUAUCUUUCUUUAAUUAGUAACCAUGGCAGUAAAUCGAUGGGGCGCAAAAUUAGAAGAAAAGAGGAAAAAUUCACGAAUAAGCUGAAUGCUACGUAGGGAACCGAUCCGCUAAUGUUGUCGUUUCAUGUAAGACUGCUUUAGAAAAACAGAAAAAAAAAAGAAACAAUAGAAUUUACCGAUCGGAUGUUAUAAAACGUGGUGCUUGGCGGAACGUUGGAACGCGCGGAGGAUCGCGCAGAAUCGCGAAUUUCCGCGACGAUUUCCCGCUCCAUCGUUUCGUCGGUUAAUUUGUACUGAUUAGAAACAGUGGUGUUAUUAGAGUUUAAAGAUUGACGAGAUAAUACGAUCUAUUUAUUACGGCGGCCUCGGACCGCGGAGUAAACGUGGAUUGGGACUCUUGGUUUUUCUUAGCUUCUUUACGCGUAGCGUUUUGCCCUUUUGUCGGUGAAAAUGUUUUGUAAAACGUUCGUUCAAUGUAAACGAUGAUAGGCUUAAAAGUAUAUAUUUUCUAGCUGCUCUUUUUUAGCUCGAUCCACUUUCAUUCUACGGUCACAAUGUUCGCGCGAUUACAAAGCUAUAUGAAUAUGUAUACACGUAUCAAUAUAUGUGAACAUAUAUAAGUAUAUUUGCAUGUAUUGAUAUAUCAUACAAUGCAUACUUACAUACAUAUAUAUAUAUAUAAAUAUUAUAUAAUUUAUUAUUCGACGACUUAACUAUUUUUUGUAUUACUAUUGCAACUAUUUUACGGUUAUUCGUUAUACCUCACUCGGGAUAUUUUGAGCUGAUUUUUAGCGCGUGGCUGAGGAGAUGAAAGCUACGAGUAAUCUGGAGAAAUUUUUUGUUUUCACAUAUGUAUAUAUUAAAGCACGAUAUUCGAACUGAAAAUAAAACACCGUGGUACACGUAGAAUAAAAGAUUUUUAACGGCCUGAAGCAACCUAAAAUUUUAUCGUAGUACGCACUUUUCUUCUUUUUAUUGAAAUUACUUAAAAUAGUAGAGAAAAGUGCUUUUCUCCGGGCUAAUUUUCUUUUGUUAAUUGUUAACGAGACGAUCGCUCAAGGCCCUUGCUCCUCAUCCAUGACGAUUGAAUGUCACUGCCAAAAUCCCCAGGAUUACAUAAAAAUGUAGCGUGUACAUGGUUGAUAGACUCGAGGAACGGCUGUCGUAUUUUUCACGACAAAUCGUCCUCCGCCAUCGCGAACCUCUAUCAUCCCCUCACUAUCUUUCGAUUUUUACCUUCUGUAUUUAUUAUUCCUUUUUUCCUACAUAGCGGCUUCAUUAUUGAACAAAUAAACCCGUAACGCUCGCUUUUCUGCGGUCUCGAAACUGUUUUCGAAAAUGACAAUUUUUCAAAGCCCUAUUAUCUUAUCUCCUAACGAAUUUGCAACGAGUACGAUCAUCGUCGAAAGAGAAGAAAAAAGAAGAAGAAAAAAAAAAAGGUAUGAAAGAAAGCGAGAUGAUGGGUGCACAUUCCAUAAAUAUAAUUAUACCUACUUGUAUAAGGUAAUGAAUCCGUUAGCGUUUGAUAUAAGACAUUCAAGUAAGGAUAUUACAAGCGAAGAUAAUAAAUGACUAAUGUAUCUAAAGUUUGAAAGCUUACAAUAGACUCGGUUUAUCAUUAUCAUGUAUCGUGAUUUUUAUGUCAUGUUCAAUAAAUGAGUUUUAAAAUA